AUGCAGCGCGGCGGCGACGGCGGUGGCGGCCGCCAUGUCGUGCUAGUUUGUUGUUCUCCGGCGGCGGGAGCGGGGCCCGCCGGGCGCUGAAUCCGAGCCCUUCCCGGCCCCUCGCCCGCGUCCUUCGCCGCGGCACCGGCACCCGCCGCUCCGGCGGGCGGCACCGCGGCGCUGCUGCGACCCGCCGCCGCCUGGGCCGGCCGAAGAGCCAUGGCUGCCGCGCUGGGAGGAGGCGCAGAUGAUGACUUUGAUCAGUUUGAUAAGCCUGGUGCAGAAAGGUCUUGGAGAAGAAGAGCUGGAGAUGACGACUGGGACAGUGAACUUGAUGAUGACUUGCUUGGAGAGGAUUUGCUGACUGGAAAAAAGAAUCAGUCAGACUUGUCAGAUGAAGAGCUGAAUGAUGAUCUUCUGCAAAGUGACAAUGAAGAGGAACAAGAAUUUCGCUCUCCAGGUGUCACAGUGAGCCUCAAUGCCACAUCUGGGAUCCUGACAUCGUACGAGUCCAUCAACGACCCCUCCCUGGAACACGAGUCUGAGUAUGACCAAGGGGAAGAUGAAAUUGGUUAUGACAAAUCUGAAGCACCUGAAGAAUAUGCCUCAGAGUAUGCAGAGGAAGGACAUUAUGAAGGCAAUGAUCCUGAGCUGACAGAAGACCAAAUAGAAUAUGGGGAAGAGCCUGGAGAAGAAGAUGAAGUGCUAGACCUUGAAAUCAAUGAACCCCUAGAUGAAUUUCCAGAUGAAGAUUACAUGCAAUCAUAUAAUGAGCAAGCAAUGGAAGAACAAGGAGAGUAUGCAGCUGAUGAGGAGUUGGAAGAAACCCAGACAAUGGCUAAUGAAUCAGAAGAGGCAGCUAUUGGGUCUCUGGAACUUCAAGAAGAAACAAAAGAAGAGUCUGAUGAGGAGGAGGAUGAUGAUGAAGAGUCUGGACGAUUACGUUUCAAAACCGAACGGAAAGAAGGAACCAUCAUCAGGCUCUCAGAUGUGACAAGAGAAAGGAGAAACAUUCCAGAAACUUUGGAGCUUUCUGCAGAAGCCCAAGCAGCACUACGUGAGUUUGAAGAGAGGGAGAGGCAGCUUAAGCAGGGGCGAUACGGCUCCAGGAGAGGAGGGAGAAGAGGAGGCUCAGUGAUGUGCCAUGGAAUGGGAGAUCAAAGGAGAGACAAUAAUGAUAGGGGAAGAAUGAAGGAUCACAGGCCUGCACUGCUGCCAAACCAGCCAUCAAUGACUCACUCACAGAGGUUAAUUCCAACACACCAGCAACCUGUUAUGAGUCUGUUCCAGCAGCAACAGCAGCAGCAACAACAACAACAACAGCAACAGCAGCAGCAACAACAGCAGCAGCAGCAGCAACAGUUACAAUCUCUGCUUCCUUUACAGCAUCAGCAUCAUUCUUCUCCUCCUCCAGGGCUACAUAUGCCCCCUCAGCUAGAAACACCUCGAAUAAUGAUGACUCCCCCUCCAGUGACCCCCCAGCAGCCGAAGAACAUCCACAUCAAUCCGCAUUUCAAGGGGACCGUGGUGACGCCUGUACAAGUGCCCUUGCUGCCAGUUCCUGCCCAGCCAAGACCUGCUGUAGGACCCCAGAGAUUUCCUGGCCCUCCAGACUUCCAGCAGCAUACACCUGGACCAGUUCCUACCAACUUCUCCCAAGCCCCGAGGCUGCCAAUCCAGGACCAGUGGAGAGGGCCGCCCCCACCACCUCCACCACUCCCUCCUCCACCUCCUCAGGACAGAGAUCCUUUCUUCUUAGCAGAUCCGAGGUUCCCGGGUCACCCCUUGUUUGAGCAGCGCAGCCCCCCGCCGCCUCCGCCUCCCCCGCUGCUGAACAGCGCCCAUCCCGUUCCUACGCAGAGCCCGAUGCCCUUCAGCCCGCCCGGGCCCGCCUUUACCCAGCAGGGCCAGCAGCCGGUGUAUCCCCGGGAGCGCCCGGUGCGGCCCGGCAUGCAGCCCCAGGGCCCCGUGGGGAUCCUGCACUUCAACCAGCCGGGCUCCGCCACCCCGCGGCCCUUCAUCCCCCCGCGGCAGCAGUUCCUGCAGGCGCCGGGACAGCCCUUCCUGGCCCCGCACACGCAGCCCAGCAUGCAGGGUCCCAUGCAUCCUCCAUUACAGCCUCAGCCACAACCUCAGCCUCAUCAGCAGCAUCACCAGCAGCAACAGCAGCACCAUCACCAGCAGCAGCAGCAGCAUCACCAUCUCCAAGGGCCUCCACAGCCCUUGAUGCCCAUGAACCAGCCACAGUUCAGGCCUCACAUUCAAGCCACACAGCAGCAGCCAAAUAACAACAGGAUGCAGUGUCAGCCACGACAGGGUCCAAUGAAGCCAAGGCAUAGCACCCCAUCCCAGAAUAUCGUCAAGCGUUCCAGCCAGCAGCUGCAGCCGGCAGCUCCCAGGAACAGCAACCUGCGCGAGCUGCCCAUCGCCCCGGCCCACGCCCUGGACAUGGGCAGCACCCGCCGCAGCUCUGCCCCCGCUGCCCAGGUCAAACCCAUCCCCAGCUCCCUGCCUGCCACCAAGCCUGCCACUGCUACUGCCAACUCCCAGGGAAGGCCUGAGAUGAAAGCUAAAGCAAUCACCCCAGUGGGCCAGGCAAAAUCAGAAGGAAAAUGUGAACCGGAGUACCCAGACGAGGAUGAAGAAACUCGCUUGUACCGUUUGAAGAUAGAAGAGCAGAAGCGCCUGAGAGAGGAGAUCCUGAAGCAGAAGGAGCUGAGACGGCAGCAGCAGGCUGGGGCCAGGAAGAGAGAGCUGCUGGAGAGACUUGCCCAGCAGCAGCAGCAGCAGCAGCAGCCUUGCUCCCAGCAGCCCUACAUGCAGCACGAGGAGGACUCCUCCGAGUUCCCCACCAACGGCAGCCCCUACAUCCCCCACUCCGGCCUGCAGACCCGGCACAACGUGAAAAGCAGACUCCUGGUUAGAAAACAAGACGCCGUAGUGGCAACCAUCCACCCCAAACCCACAGACUUCCCCCAGGGCGCAGGGGACGGCCCCUACCAAGGACAGCAGAUGAAGCCGGUGAAGCAGCUGAGGCAAACUAGAACGAUCCCUGCGAGUCAGCCUCAGGCAGCCCAGAAAGUGUUACCGAGCAAAGCGGCCGCGGCGGCAGCGCUGCCCACGGCGCAGGCGGCGCGCGCGGCCGCGGUCCCCGGCCGGCCCCAGGAGCAGAAGCCGGGGGUGAAAAGGACAGUGAUGCAGCGGACAAACAGUGCUAGUGAUGGGCCCCAUGGAGGCAGCAAAGUCAGGGUGAUUAAGUUGUCAGGAGGGCAGGGGGGAGAGGAUGCUGGCUUUUUUCACCCCGAGGGCCAACCCCAGCGGCCUCAGCAACCCCCGGAGCCGAAACAGCCGCCAGUGCGGAAGGUCACAUUGACAAAGGGAAUGCAGCAGCACCAACAGCAGCAGCAGGCACAGAUCCAUUCACCAGCUCCUCAAGGAGUCAAAAACAUCCAGGGAAUCCAUCAACCUAAAAAGGUCAUUAUGCACGGCAGAGGCAGAGGAGUAGCAGGCCAGAUGGGCCGAGGACGCUUGAUGCCAAAUAAACAGAACCUGCGAGUGGUGGAGUGCAAACCUCAGCCCUGUAUUGUGUCAGUUGAAGGGCUUUCUUCAUCAACUACUGAUGUCCAACUGAAAAACCUGCUGAUGUCAGUGGGACCCAUUCAGAGUUUACAGAUGCUCCCUCAGCAACGGAAAGCCAUAGCAAAGUUCAAGGAGCCAGCACAUGCUUUAGCAUUUCAACAGAAAUUCCACAGGCACAUGAUAGAUCUGUCCCACAUCAACGUGGCACUGAUAGUGGAGUGAUGUCUGCAGAGAAGCCCCUGCACCAGCCUCAGUGUACUGUGGAGCUACAGACUCACAGAGGAAAAUCCAUCGGGUUGGGACCCUGUCAGCUCAGUCUGUAACUGCUCUGUUGAACUCCAGAAAGCACCAAGGUGACCUCCAGGAGAGGUGAAUUCGACAGGAUCUGCAAAGGUGGAAUUUCUGUUCAGUUUCUUCACAUUCUGUUGUAACCACAUGGAAUUAUAGAGUUUUUUUUUUUUUCCAAAAUGCUUUUGAUGCAUGUAGACAUUGUUCUUCAGGAUCCUACUGUGUGACCACAGUGACUUGAGAGAGAACGGUUACAGCGAAAGAUUUGAAAAACUUUCAAAGAAUAGCAAAGAAUAUUUGAUAAUGGUUGCUCUUAUCUUCAGUGCAAGGUAUUUGAAUGAAAACACAUUUUUCUAAACAAAUUAGUUGCAUUGUAUACCUGAGAGCACAGAAGGUAUUCUUGCAUAGAUUUGAACAUGGUCUGCUUUGCUGAGUAGCAGUUUGCUGAGAAGCUUUGGAGGUGACACUGGAAAAUUGUAGUUUUGAUUUUUGUAAAUAAGUCUCUGCAUUCUUCUAUUCCAACAUAGACUUUCAUUUUCUCUUUCCAACUCCACUUAUUCCAUAAAACCCUGUGUAGGAGGAAUAACACUGCUGUAUUUUCCCUUGGUUUUUAAAAACAAGGAUCUUCACCCUUCAGUAGCAUCGUGGGGUAGUGAACUCUGAGUUGUAAUUAGGUUGUUUUAAAUAACUCUGCCAGAUCUAAGGAAAAAGAAGUAUUUGGUGGGUUACUUCAAAAAUGUUAUGCAGGAAGAGUGGUGCAUUCCUGAUAGUUCUUCUGGCCUAGUGUUUCAUGGUUGCCUCAUGCUUUAUUUUGAUCAGGUUUUUUUCUUUGAGAUUUAUUUUGUCAUUAAUGCUGAACAGUAAGAAACCUGUAACUGAAGGGACUUGUUUUGAUGUGGUGUUCCUGAUACAUAAAGGACAAUAAGGACAUUGUGAAUCUCCUGAUGAGCGUGUCAGUUCCCAAAAAUGCUAUGAAAACAUUAAGGAGCUUAUAUUUUAUUCAAAGUAAAAUUCAUAAUAUUUCCUUUUGGUUAGAAGCAUCCAGAGGGGGUUGCCAAAGUAACAAUUUUUUCAGUUACUUCUGAAUAAACUUAUUAAAAUGUCAUCUUUA